AUGUUUUCGACAAAUGAUGUCCUCAUCGCGAAUCGAUUGCAAAGCAACAUCGAGAGUAAUAUGAUAAGAAAUUCAUUAAAAGAAAAAGAGAAUUUUACGAAGAUCGUGAACCUAAUGUGUAUGUCGAAUAAUGAUGAAGAUCAAAUCUAUGCUAUAGAAAACGACUCAUCCACAAACAAAAGUAUAAAUAAAGAAAAUGAUAGUUCGGAAGAUCGUAACGAAAAAAUUUUUAAGUCAAAUUGUAGUCAAAUAUUCAAACCAGGCCAAUUGAUCAGGCUACGUUUCCCAUCUAUUUCUCAUGUAGUUCAUGGAAUCGAAGAUGGCGGCCUCUACUAUCGUCGACGCUGCGGCCGCGAUUGGUUCAGAGUCAGUGCGCGAUGCGUCUCUCGUAUUUCAAAUCGAACGUUGGACAACCGAGUGUCGUUGAGAGGACAAUGUAUAUCCUCUCAGCGAAGCGGUCGAUGUGACGUUCAGCGUUCCUUGACGUCUGGAGCAAGACAAUUAAAACAGCUGUUACAAGGACGAACGUGCGAAGAAUCAAAGGAAGCGGCGGUCGCCGCAAAGGAAUUGUCGCGAAAACCGAUCGCUGAUCCAUUAUCCUCAAACGUACAAUUCUCGCGAAAACGACGUGUCGGAAUCGUGAAGAAUCAGUACGUUGCCGAGAGCGACGCCGGUUUGUUAGUAUGCGAGUUAGUGCGAGGUCUCGAACGUCUGUUCGAUGAGAAAAACGCCGGGAACAACGAGGUCACAAUGAAGUCAAAGGAGCAACAAAAUACUGUGAAGGGCAUCGUUGAUCCAAUCGAGGAGAACGAAACCUAUGACGAAUUUGACACAAUUAGGAUGCCAAUGGUACGCUCCCUGAGCAAGAGUCCACAAAGUGAUGAAGGUAUUGAGACAGAUUCGGAUCGAAGAAAAGGAUCGAUAGCCCGUUGUUGGAGUCUCGAUUCAACCGCGGCCAGUGACGAGGACACAUCGUUGACUACACACCAACAGAAACGACACAAACUACGGGUUACUAGAUGUUGUAGCUCCGAUAGCGCAGUGCUGAGCGACGAGGAUCAAAUAAAAGGAUGGGACAGUUCAAACAUGGUAGAGGGAAGUGAGUCUGAGCAUAAUGAGGGUAAACCUAGAUACUGGAGAACACCUAGUGUGGUUGUUAGUGAUUAUUCAGAUUACUCUUAUUUGGAUGAAAAAUUAGAAAGAAAUGAUCUUGAUUUGGAAAAAUAUGAGGGGACUAGUGGUACUCCUAGCCAAGCAAGUAGCUGUUCUUGCUUGGACUGUGAUGAAAUAUGCGAAUCUCUGGAUAAUCAGUUCCUACAAGUUUGUCGUAGCAGACGUCAUUCAGAUUCUUGUUUGUGCUUUGAUUCUAUGAAUGCUGCUGCUUCAAGAAACUUCAAUGAAUCUGGAAAUAGAAGAAAUUCUUGCCUAAGUUCUACAGACUCUUAUUAUUCUAAACUCAAUACACAAUUUAUACAGUACACAUCUGAAGGCUCCUCAGAAUUGCAAGAAAAGACAAAAAUUGGCUUUUUGGAUAUUCCCCCAACAAGAAAAAUUUCUGAUUGUUCUACUACAUCCAGUCUUAGUGGAGAUGAAUCUGACGUUAUUGAACUACAACCAGUUAAAUCUUCCAAGUCAUCAGGCUGGAGGAAGCUUAGGAAUAUCGUUCAUUGGACACCUUUCUUCCAAACCUACAAAAAACAACGAUAUCCAUGGGUGCAACUAGCGGGUCAUCAAGGGAAUUUCAAAGCGGGACGCACUCCAGGGACGAUUCUAAAGAAACUCUGUCCGCAAGAAGAAGCUUGCUUCCGUUUGUUAAUGAACGAUGUAUUGAGACCGUACGUACCAGAGUUCAAAGGUGUCUUAGAUGUAAAAGAUACGGAGGAAGGGAAUGUCGAAGAGACUGACGCAGGAGAAACUGUUCAGAAGGAUAGUAGUGGUGACUCUAUAAUUAAGAGAACCGUGGUAUCAUCUUACUUGCAACUGCAAGAUCUUCUCGGAGACUUUGAACAUCCCUGUGUAAUGGACUGUAAAGUUGGAGUCAGGACAUAUCUGGAGUCAGAACUCGCAAAAGCCAAGGAAAGACCUAAGUUACGAAAAGACAUGUAUGAAAAAAUGGUACAAGUGGAUCCAACCGCACCGAGUGCCGAAGAACGUCGCGUACAAGGAGUCACGAAACCAAGAUACAUGGUCUGGCGUGAAACGAUUUCCAGCACGGCUACACUAGGAUUUCGCGUAGAAGGCAUAAAACUUGCUCACGGAGGCUCAUCAAAGGACUUCAAAACGACAAGGACUCGAGAACAAGUGACAGAGGCGUUAAGACGUUUCGUAGAAGGCUAUCCGCACGCAGUACCCAAGUACAUCCAACGCCUAAAAGCGAUUAGGACCACGUUGAAAGUAUCACCGUUUUUUGCUUCACAUGAAGUCGUCGGGUCUAGCUUGUUGUUUGUUCAUGAUGCCAAAAAUGCCGGUAUCUGGAUGAUUGAUUUUGCAAAAACAUUACCUCUGCCUCAACAUUUACCAAGAAUUUGUCAUGACGCUGAAUGGAAAGUAGGGAACCACGAAGACGGAUACUUGAUAGGAGUAAAUAAUCUAAUAGAUAUAUUCCAAGAUAUACGAAAUUCUGAGGAAACAUAAUUGUACAGACCUUUGUUUUGAAAAACAUUCUGACGCUAAAACGAAGAGGAUAUUGAAUUAAUUAAUAUUAUGUGCUCGUAAUUUUGGAAACAUAAGUGCACCUCUCGCUUGGGUGUAUAUUUCUUCAUAUUUUUUUCCACGACUUUAUACUACAUAUUCCAUGAAAUUUUGUACAUGGAUCGUUUCUAUUACAAUAUCUUCUAAACAGUAUCCUCUCACAAGAAAAUGGACCAAAGACGCGGUGGCUAUUGCUACCUAGGUAUUUCAUAGUAAAUCUUCCUACUACGUAGAAACAACGCACAAAGAGAAUCUGUAAAAACUAAUUUAAAUAAUGUACCGUUAUGUAAUAAGUUUUAUUUAUGCGUUACAUGCAACGCUGUAAGAAUCUUCUUGAUACAAGAGAACGAAGAAACGGUAUUUUUUGUAUUUAAAAUCGUACCAUGCAUUUGUAAAUAAUUCGACACUUAAUAUUAAAAAACUUC